AUGGCGGAACCUGUCUCCCUUGCUUCUGGUAUCAUCACCCUGGCAGGGCGGUCGAGAAGCUUUCGCAGUACCAAACGAGUGGUGAGGGAGCUGAAGGAGGAGCUUGAGUCUCUUGAUGGGGUUUUGCAAUCCCUUCAACAGGCGGUCGUGGCCUAUGGGGAUGAACUAGCUGGGCUCAAUCUCCCACUGCUUCGCUGCGGCAAAGCUUGCAGGGAAUUCGAAGACGUGAUCAACAAAUGCGUGACGCAUUCGGCGGGUUCUAAGACCAGCUUUCGAGAUUGGGCCAAGUUGACAUACAUGGGAGAAGACAUAGGCCGAUUUAGAUUGAUGCUGGCAGGAUACAAAUCUACAAUUAAUAUUGCACUCGGGGAUGCGACUUUCCGCAGAACAACUGUUACUGCUACUGUCCUUAACGAGUAUAGAGAUAUGAUAACAAACACAACCUCUGAUCUUGAAGAUCAUCUCCAGGACGUUGAAAACAAACUUGACUCGUUCAUUCCAAAGGGACCCAAGGUGGAGCACGAAGAUAGCAUGCAGUGGAGCCGAAUACAGGAGGAAAGGAAUAGUACUCAACAGUGCCUCCGAAUCUGCGCGGACGCCCUCGAGCACAUAGACAAACUCCAACCCAAAAUUUUGACCGAGACCCCCACGGCUUCCAUCCCACCCUUGGAGAUUGAUGCGAUUGGCAAUUUCAAUUCUGGCUCAUCCAAAUAUGUCACCAACUGCAUUCUGCAGGAGUACAGGCAGAAACUCUUGACCGCGUCUUCAGAUCUCGAGAAACACGCCGAAAGACUAAAGGCCAGACUGGAAGCGAUGUCGCAGGCGGUCAAGAUGGAGGAAACGGCCGAGUGGGAGCAAUUCCAGGAAGAAAGAAAUAGCCUCAAACAGUGUCUGGCCAUUUGUGCUGAGGCAUCCGAGCAAACAAAGCAGGUGCACUUCAACGAAUUCGAAGAUGUUCUCUCGGCUGAUGAUGCUCAUCAAGUCAUUGUCUCAACACUGGGAGAGCUCAUCUCGGCGAAGCGUAUCACAACCGGAUCUAGAUCAGCCCAGUGGCUGGGGCAAAUGUCAGACGAAACUCUUCAGCAGCUUUCCCGGGAUCGCAGUCGUGUGUCUGAAGGCCCUGUGAGAGCUGAGAUGGGACCAGACAAUAAGUUUGACCAGUAUGGGCGGGGCCAUCAGCUGCGAGGGAAACAUUCUGCGGUUCGCUCGGACUCCCCUACCCAGCCUUUGUAA